GCAUGUAUCCAUUUGGAAGAUUCCGUCAUUAUUCGUUGAGCCGCACGCGCGCUCGAGCCCGGCCGGACUCUCGGCCCCCCACUCGCCACCUCUUACUUAUCUUGCUCCCCGACGCCGACGCCGACGCCGCCACCGGCCACGCUUCUCUCUCCCUCCCUCUCUCUCUUUCUCUCCCUUCUAAUUCGCUCCCCUGAAUCGCCCUGGCGGAGUCGCCCUCUCCUCUUCCCGCCACGUGCCUCUCCGUUCCCCCGCGCUCUCGCGAUCCCAGAACGCCCUAAAUCCAUCUUUCUCCUCUCGAUCGACCAAGAAAAGCCAAGAAAACCUUUGCGAUCGCUCCCACCUUUCCAGGCCCUCCUGUGGCUUCCUUCCGAUUGAUCGAUCGGCUUCUUCCCUAAGGGGAGAGGGGGUAAAACAAAUGUCUCUUUUGUGCGGGAGUUUUGUUAUUUUGGCUGUUUGCGUCCAAGAAUAAAUCUUUCUCUCGUUAUUGGGGUGGCUUGGGGGACAGCGAGGGAUCGGGGUCGGGUUGGAUGGAAGAUGGCCGAGCCUCCUCUCGCUCUCGCUCCUGUGAUAGAGAACAAGGUGUGGAAAUGCACGUUUGCUGUGGUUGGGAUCAUGAGUACUCUCGUCAUAUAUGGGGUCCUUCAGGAGAAGAUCAUGAGAAUGCCGUAUGGCGAAAACAAAGAAUAUUUUAAAUACUCGCUCUUUCUUGUUUUCUGCAACCGUAUUAUGACAUCUGCAGUUUCUGGAGCCACAAUACUGGCAAGUAAAAAAUCCUUGGAUCCUGCUGCUCCAAUCUAUAAAUACUGUGGAGUAUCAAUAUCUAACAUACUGACCACAACAUGUCAAUAUGAGGCCCUGAAAUAUGUAAGCUUCCCAGUCCAGACGCUUGCAAAAUGCGCAAAAAUGAUACCUGUGAUGGUUUGGAGUACGCUUAUAAUGCAGAAGAGAUACAAUGGGAAAGAUUAUUUGUUUGCUGUGCUAGUGACAGUUGGCUGUUCAUUAUUCAUUCUAUAUCCGGCAUCAACUGACAUUAGUCCGUACAAUACAGGAAGAGAAAGCACUGUUUGGGGAGUUUUGCUCAUGAUUGGUUAUCUUGGAUUUGAUGGCUUUACGAGCACGUUCCAAGACAAACUUUUUAAGGGUUAUGACAUGGAAAUCCAUAACCAAAUAUUCUACACAACAAUGUGUUCUUGUCUUUUCAGUUUAACUGGACUUAUCGCACAGGGUCAUCUUAUUUCAGCAGUAGAUUUUAUGCUUCGUCAUCAAGAUUGUUUCUAUGAUGUUGCAAUUCUGUCCACUGUAGCAACAGUCGGUCAAUUCUUUAUUUACUAUACAAUUCGAACAUUUGGGGCUCUUACAUUUGCUACAAUAAUGACGACAAGACAGUUGGUGAGCAUAUUACUGUCAUGUGUUUGGUUUUCUCAUCCCCUUAGCUGGAUACAAUGGAUUGGAACUGCCAUCGUCUUUGGAGCUCUUUACACGAAGAGCUUCUUAAAAAGCAAACCGCACAAGCCAGGGAAUGGUCUGGAUGCAAAUUCAGCAAGCAAUAAUUCAUGACACUGGAACCUCAAUUAGUUCUUUUCUACCAUUGGUGGUUGGUGGACAGGAUCAUGGAUAGAUGGAGGCAGGAGCCACCACAUUAAUCUUUUGGCCUACAGGAAGAAUUUUUGAUAGGAUGAACUAGGUAGAUGGAAAUAGCGGGGAAAGAAGAGAAGGACGAGCUUGCUAACCCAGAUACAUGCAAUGCUUUCAGGUAGAAUAAAAAUAGGAGAUAAAGGUGUUAGUAGUAUUUUUUUCUCUUUCCCUUUGUCGCAAGUUGCACAUCUUAUACAUGAAAAUAAAAUUGUUCAAAUGAUUUUUUUUGUUUUGCUUUAUCAAA